AUUUAAAGGGCCAGUGCGCCUCUUCACGCACCUCUAACCUGCUUUAUGAGACAUUAAACGCGGUUUAAUCUGCAGCAGCUCCCUCUCAACGCUGCUCUUGUUCAAACCGAGCAGCUGAAGCCGCUGUUUCCUCCGCAGCUCGGCUCCGGCGCCGCGCAGCCGUGGUUGCGUUUUUACCGCAGUGCAUCUGCAGCAUCUCGGAGGAGCCGCUGUGGCGCAGCACGAAACGGCGACGGAGCAGCUCCGAGAAGCGUCUCUCCCUCCUCUGUCCGGCUUUUAUGCGCGCUCAGGCGGGUUUAUGUGCGAUGCCAGCGCCGAGGAAACAUCUCUGCUUCCAGCACGGAGUCAUCAGAUAGGAGGCGAGCGGACAGGAAGGGUUUACUGUGGCCUCCGGCAGCCGCAGCACAGGAGGCCUUCAAAUCAGGACAGGAGCCUCUGAGUCCAUCCAUUCAGGAUCCAAACAUCAGACCUCCAAACGGGUCUUUCUUUAUUCUAGUAGCCUGCAGAGGUAGCCUUGAGAUUCUCACCACAGAGCAUGCAAACCAACCCCAUAUGCACUCGCAUGUAGGUGUGUGUUCAGUAGCUGCAUGUUGCACACACAGGUGUCUUUGUGAAGCUGUUUUGUCGUCCACAUCUGGAGCUCUGUGCAUCCAAGACCUCAGGGAAAGUCAGACCUCAGGGUGUGGAGCUGCAGCACUGUGAGUCCACGUUCACCCAAGGGUGACCAUCAACACAGGCGCUGGAGGCACAUCUGGGGGCAAAACUCAGAAGCAGCAAUAAUUUGUGGCAAUAAAUUCUGCAGGAGACUGUUGCAGGCUCGAGCCAAAGACCAGAGGAGGAACAAAAAUUGCAUGUUUUUAAGGGAAAGGAAAGACAAAGAGGCCUGAUUGCACUUUACAAUGCAUGUUUAGCUGCUAGCUGCCACCCAGAGUGACAGUAGCUCUGAGCUUUUACUAUUCACACAUCAGCUGAACAUCUUCAGACCUCCAUCACCAACAUCCAGCUGAACACGCAGAGCUUCUCCGGUUGAGGGUUUUUUGAGGCUCCUGGUCCAGUAAAGCAGCUUUUUUUUUUUUUAAAAUCAUCAUGGCUUCAUCACACCUCCUGCUGCUGACUCUGCUCUGCGGCCUGUUCGUGUACCGGUGUCAUGGCGCCUGCGCGGAGGUCGACUCGGACACGGAGGCCGUGGCAGGAAAAGGCUUCAAACUGGGCUGCAUCUCCUGCAAGAGGAGGAGCGAAGUGGACGGAGCCGCCACCGUAGAGUGGUACUUCCGGCCCAGCGGGGAGGCCGACUCCAUAAGAAUCUACACCUACAACGAGGACGGCCCCACCAUCGAGAGCGACCACUUCCUGGAUCGCAUCGACUGGAACGGAAGCAAACGCAGCAACGACAUCCAGGACGCGUCCAUCUACCUGCUCAACGUCACCUUCAACGACUCGGGCGUCUACCAGUGCUACUUCAACCGCAUCCUCUUCUACGACAACUACGAGUACCACAACGUCGUCACCAAGGUGGUGUACCUCACCGUGGUGGCCAAAGCGAGCAGAGGAACGGCCUCCAUCGUGUCGGAGGUCAUGAUGUACGUGUCCAUCAUUGGCCUGCAGGUCUGGCUCCUCAUAGAGAUGAUCUACUGCUACAGAAAGAUCGCAGCGGCUGGCGAGGAGGCGCUACGAGAGGCCGCAAAUGCUGAAUAUUUAGCGAUAGCGUCUGAAAGCAAAGACAACUGCGCCGGGGUGCAGGUCGGAGAAUAGCACAGGCUUCCGUCUUGGACUGAACACAUCCUUCCACCCUCUGACCUGCAUGACCUGGAGCAGAACUUCCUCCUCCUCAUCUCAAGCCUCCGUUUUACUUCCUCCUCCACAGCGACCACCCGUGGACCCGACGUACAAAGAGAGCAUGGAACCAGCACUGUAUAUAGUAUUCUGCGCGCAAAAGCAUGUUCUGCACUUAUAUGAGAAAAACCAUUAUGCAUUAAUGAGCCACAUUGUCGAAAGCAUAUACUGUCCACGCAGUAUUCCUCCGAGUAUAUGUAGUCACACCUUUGUAUGAAACGUGAGCAGAGGCGAAGGUUCGAUUGUACGAGAAAGCUUUUUACUGAAUCGUCGCCACCUAAUGUAUAAAUGAGACACACGACAUGUACUGUACGGUAACGUUAUUUAUAAAAUAGAAUGUGAUGGACUACGAUAGACGGUAUUUCCAGUUUAAUUGCUAGUUGUACAUUCAGUGAAACCUAAAGAUGUACUAAUAAAAAUGGACAAAAUGUGGUGGAAA